UGCGUCGGCGGCGCUUAGCCUGCUGGGUUCCGUGUGCGCGAGGGCGAAGUGAGAGAGUCGGUUGGAGGCUCCCGGAGCUGAGUCACUUCCCCCGGGAUAGUUUGAAAAGCCAAACUGGUUUCUGACAUUCGAAGAGAGAGAGUUUCCCAACGUGGGAAUGAAGAUACGAGAGCUUCAUAAUGACAACCUUCUUGGAGUUCAUUCAACAAAAUGAAGAUAGAGAUGGUGUUAGAUUCAGCUGGAAUGUGUGGCCUUCCAGUCGUCUUGAAGCCACAAGAAUGGUGGUUCCAGUUGCUUCUCUUUUCACUCCACUAAAAGAGCGUCCUGAUUUGCCUCCCAUUCAGUACGAGCCAGUUCUCUGCAGUCGCACUACCUGCCGUGCUGUUCUAAAUCCGUUAUGCCAGGUUGAUUAUCGAGCAAAACUAUGGGCUUGCAAUUUUUGUUAUCAGAGAAAUCAGUUUCCUCCUACAUAUGCUGGCAUAUCUGAGAUGAACCAGCCUGCAGAACUUCUACCGCAAUUUUCUAGUAUUGAAUAUGUUGUACAGCGUGGACCUCAGAUGCCUUUGAUAUUUCUUUAUGUUGUUGACACUUGUAUGGAAGAUGAAGAUUUGCAAGCUUUGAAAGAAUCCAUGCAAAUGUCAUUAAGUCUCCUACCUCCUACUGCUUUGGUAGGGCUUAUUACUUUUGGGAGAAUGGUACAAGUUCACGAGCUUGGCUGUGAAGGAAUUUCCAAAAGUUAUGUGUUCAGAGGGACAAAGGAUCUAUCUGCAAAACAACUUCAGGAAAUGCUAGGACUUACAAAAAUCAAUGUAUCACAAGUUGGUCGUGGUCCUCAGGUACAACAGCCACCACCAUCUAACAGAUUCUUACAACCAGUACAGAAAAUAGACAUGAAUCUCACAGAUCUCUUGGGUGAACUGCAACGAGAUCCUUGGCCUGUUCCACAGGGGAAAAGACCUUUGCGAUCUUCUGGAGUGGCUCUUUCCAUAGCUGUAGGACUGCUAGAGUGUACUUUCCCUAAUACUGGUGCUCACAUAAUGAUGUUUAUUGGUGGACCGGCUACCCAGGGGCCUGGGAUGGUUGUGGGAGAUGAACUUAAGCUCCCUAUAAGAUCUUGGCAUGACAUUGAAAAAGAUAAUGCCAAAUAUGUUAAAAAAGGUACUAAGCAUUUUGAAGCUCUUGCAAAUCGUGCUGCUACAACAGGUCAUGUUAUUGACAUCUAUGCUUGUGCAUUGGAUCAGACGGGUCUUUUGGAGAUGAAAUGUUGUGCUAACUACACAGGCGGUUACAUGGUAAUGGGAGACUCUUUCAAUACAUCUUUGUUCAAACAAACAUUUCAGCGGGUGUUCACAAAAGAUGCACAAGGGCAAUUCAAAAUGGGAUUCGGAGGUACCUUAGAAAUCAAGACUUCAAGAGAAAUAAAGGUAUCUGGAGCAAUUGGACCCUGUAUAUCUCUCAAUUCAAAGAGCCCUUGUGUAUCAGAAAAUGAAAUAGGAACAGGGGGUACUUGUCAAUGGAAGAUUUGUGGACUUAAUCCCACUACAACUUUAGCUUUGUAUUUUGAGGUGGUUAAUCAGCACAAUGCUCCAAUUCCUCAAGGUGGACGGGGUGCAAUUCAGUUUGUGACUCAAUAUCAACAUUCAAGCGGACAAAAGCGUAUUAGAGUAACCACUAUUGCCAGAAACUGGGCAGAUGCUCAGACACAAAUUCAAAACAUUGCAGCUUCUUUUGACCAGGAAGCAGCUGCUAUCCUUAUGGCAAGAUUAGCAGUCUACAGAGCUGAGACUGAAGAAGGACCUGAUGUGCUUAGGUGGUUGGAUAGACAGCUUAUCAGAUUGUGCCAGAAAUUUGGAGAAUAUCAUAAAGAUGACCCAAAUUCCUUCAGAUUUUCAGAAACUUUCUCCCUUUACCCACAGUUUAUGUUCCAUUUAAGAAGAUCUCCUUUCUUACAAGUUUUCAAUAACAGUCCCGAUGAAAGUUCUUAUUAUCGUCAUCACUUCAUGCGUCAAGAUCUGACUCAGUCACUUAUAAUGAUUCAACCAAUUCUUUAUGCCUAUUCUUUUAAUGGACCUCCAGAGCCUGUUCUUUUAGACAGCAGCAGUAUUCUGCCUGAUCGCAUACUUCUCAUGGACACUUUUUUCCAAAUUCUUAUUUAUCAUGGCGAGACUAUAGCUCAGUGGCGCAAAUCAGGCUAUCAGGAUAUGCCAGAAUAUGAAAACUUUCGUCAUUUGCUCCAAGCUCCAUUUGAUGAUGCACAAGAAAUUCUUCAUUCAAGAUUUCCAAUGCCACGAUACAUUGAUACUGAACAUGGGGGUAGUCAAGCCCGUUUUCUACUUUCUAAAGUAAAUCCAUCUCAAACACAUAAUAAUAUGUAUGCUUGGGGACAGGAAUCUGGAGCACCAAUUCUUACAGAUGAUGUCAGUCUGCAAGUCUUCAUGGAUCAUUUGAAGAAACUAGCUGUAUCAAGUGCUGCUUGAAAAAACGUGGAAUUUCAGACACACUGACAAGUUGAAACAUUUUCACUUUAUUCUUUGUAUGUAAUUGUAAAACUGAAUGCCCAAGCUGCCUAACUACAUCUUACAACAAUGUAAUUUUCAAGAGAGAUUGUUUAUUAUCAAAGGCCUAAGAACAAACAUAGUUUUAAAAAAAUAAAUGAAAUAGAGAGAAAUUGAGAGAAGACUUUUAGGUUGCCUUAAUCCAUUGAUACUAGCUUUUUAAAAAUAUUCUAAUGGUGGAAAGUAUUCUGGUUUGCACUGCAAAAAUAUGGCAUAAUCAUGCUUAUUCCUUUUCACUAGCAGAACAAAGAAAUUGAUAAAAUAUUACAAAUCCAACUUGGUAAUAUCUGAAAAUAUUUAUUUUCUCUGUUUAGCUAUACAUGGAUGUUUUAGUAGUUUUGUUUUUCAUUGUUUGGUAGAUAAAUUGUUUCUAAAUGAAGAAACCAAGCAAACAGAAUGAAAAAAAAAUGUUAUCCAGUUGUUAUCCAGAUCUUACAUUUUGAUAGUCUUCUAGUGUUCUGUAUCAAUCUUGCUACAAUUAUUCAAAUACUAUAAAACUGAGUGGGUUCAAGAAAUGAAAAUUAAUAUCCAAAUGUCUUUGCAGGAGAAUACAGAAAUUGUACUAUAAAUAAAAAACAUUGUUAUCUGUUUCCCAAAUAUACUUUUUUGUUAUAAUCAUGUAACAGUAUAAAUUUGUGUGGUUUUGUGCUAUGAUCUCUGUUUUGCUAUUAAAUUAUAUAGGUAGCAAUUCUUUUCAAAACAGUAUUAUACACUACACGCCAUGAUUACUACAAAUCUGAUAAUAUUUAACUCUGUUUUUUUAGAAAAUCUAUAUUUACACACAUAUACAUAUCUUUAAUAAAAUUUUUCUGUUUGAAUACA